AUGUGCUCCAUCAAGGCAACACUCCCUUUGGUGGCUAUGGCAGCUGCCAAGUUCGCCAUGGCGGCUUCUUGUGACUGCUACCUCAUUGACGGUGCAUACCCGACAUACUACAAGUCGCACGGCUUCUGGGACUUCCGCUCUUUGUCCCAAUAUGCUGGGGUGCCUCCUGUCUUGGACUCCAUUGACGCCAACAAGAACGCAGACUUCAGCAGCUCUUAUUUCAACUGGGAGUCGGAGUUUGCUCAGUUUUGGGGACCACAGAAUUGGGACAACGGCGCUGAAGACUUUGUCAAUGUCAAUUCGUAUAACAACCUCUACAUUGAAAAGAGCGGCGACAGCACAUUCAUGACUAUGAGAACCGCUCGCCUCCCCAAAUUUCAGACAUCUGCUGAGUUUGAGAGCAUGGACCUCCUUGACCAUGCCUCCAUCAGAAUGUAUUCGCGCACAAUCGGUUCCCCUGGCGCAUGCACAGCCGUGUUCACCUACCGUGAGGCAAACUCUCUCAAGGACGUGCAGGAGUCCGAUAUCGAGAUCUUGACCAGCGACCCCAAGACAUCAAUCCAGUACACCAAUCAGCCGUCCUAUCUCGAAGACGGCACCAUCAUCGAUGGCGCAUCCAACAACAUCUCUGUCUCCGUCCCCUGGAACGAAUGGUCCACGCAGAGGCUGGACUGGACUCCUGGUCGUACUACCUGGUAUAUCAAUGGGGACCAGACGUAUACGAUGACCUUUCAGGCACCAAAGGAUCCAAGCAAAGUGAACUUCAACGCAUGGAGUGAUGGUGGUGAUUGGACAGGCAAGAUGCCUGAAGGCGGUGUUGCGUAUCAACAGAUCCAAUGGAUUGAGAUUCUCUACAACGUUGUAGACAAGGCCUCAUGCUCAAGCCUGUGCAGCAUCGACGCCGAUGGGGCCAAGCCUGGAUCCCCGGUGAAAAUAUAA